CUCGCCGCUGCAUGUUGUUAAUUUAAUUUUAAUUUGUAGUUUUUGUGUUAAUUUUUAUCUAAAUUUUUAUGUUAGAAGUAUUAGAUGUUAGAUGGUAAAUUAUCGUUCCCUAUUGUAUCGCGUGUGCAAUGAAAGUAGGGCCCGUUGCUCCUCCCGCUGCAAAAAAGGCGACAACAUAAACGGUAAAACGGUCGACCGCGGUGGCAGAAUGCCAAUGUUUUGUGUGUGUUUGUUGUGGUGAACAUGAAGCAGGAGGGUUUUUUUGAGAUCGCAGUGAACCGCCGAGAGAAAAGGACGCGUUUUUGGUCCGCUAAAAUAAGAAUCGCGACGGAAGCGUUAAGUGUCGGGCCGCAUGAAAAUUGGUACAUCUCGUUUCGUUCUGUUUUCGUCUUGAGUUACUGUGGCAGAAAUUGAUCCUUCGGAAAAAAGCCGCUACAGAGUGCUGGAUCGCCAAGCCAGCAGCGAGCCGCCAAAAUAGUUCACGGCCAACGGCUUCAGUCCACAAACCCGCCAUUGCGAGGAGUCGGCGAGGAGGACGGAAGCAAACCUUGCCCAUGGAUUGAUAACAUUAAUAAUGGCAACAACUAUAACAACGAGGACGAUGAAGUCGCUACCAGCAGGAACACAAAGGGAACACAACCAACUCAUUGCUAUAGUGAAGCGACGAUGCUCAUAGAUAAUGCUGUUACCUUUCCAAAUGGUGCUCUGGAAAAUGAGAUUAGCGAUGAUGAUGAUAGAAUUAAUUCAAACGAUCUUCCCACUAGUGAUGCCUACACAACUUCGGAGAAUGCCAAUUCGAGUGGACUAAUUGAUUAUCCCUGGAAACCAGUUACGUUGAAGCUCAAUUCUGUUGAACUGUAUGUCACCGGGGGCAGCACAAUCGAAGAUAGCUCAUCUAAUAAUGGCGAUAAACAACAGAAGGCUGACCAACAUGUAGAUAACACAACUUCGAAUUUCGAUGCAGAACCAGAAAAACGAAAUCAGCUCGAUUAUUGUAAUGAAAAAGCCGAGUCGACGGAAAAUGAAAAUGACGACUCAAGCGAGCGUAGCCUCAAGGGUUUUGAGGAUAUUGAAAAGCUAGUGGAAGCGGAACGAACAUCCUCCGUUACAGAACGGCAAUCCCCACUACGGUUGCAAUGGUUAGAACAUCUCAAGAGCAAAAAUUGGGAAAACGAAUGGAAGGAGAAUGUCGAGGAUCUGCCGGCUUGCAGUGUGGAUAAUUUUGAGCAGAAAAUGCAAUCAGCAGGUGAGCUCACCACUAUCAAUGGCAAAGAGAAAAACAGGAAAACUACAAUGACUGAUGAAAUGGAAAAUGACUUUCAAGCGGAACCAGUCGUCGUGGUUUCGGAAAUGACGCCGGAAAACCGCAAAACAGAAUGGGAAAAGCUUCAGGAUAGACUGCAGAGGGUGCCACGCCGCAGGAGCAUGUACGACUUGUUUUACGAAAACGACGGUGACAUCUUGCGAAAUCUGUUCAAGAAGAAAAAGCCACCGCUGCUGUUUCAUUUCAGCGAAAGUUCUAGUAGCUCAAUGGAUAGUUACUAAUUUUAGGAUCGAACUAUUGAAUUAUCGUAACCUUUCAGUAUUAUGUAUCUGUGGUAAUAAAAUGAUUAUAAGUAUAUUUCGAACGAUUCGAUUUAAUAUUUAAUUGA